CAUGGCUAAACACCAUCCGGAUUUGAUUUUUUGCCGCAAGCAGGCUGGUGUUGCCAUCGGAAGACUUUGUGAAAAAUGUGAUGGCAAGUGUGUGAUCUGUGACUCCUAUGUGCGUCCCUGCACCCUGGUGCGCAUAUGUGAUGAGUGUAAUUACGGCUCUUACCAGGGGCGCUGUGUGAUCUGUGGUGGCCCUGGAGUCUCCGAUGCCUACUACUGUAAGGAGUGCACCAUCCAGGAGAAGGAUAGAGAUGGUUGCCCAAAGAUUGUCAAUUUGGGGAGUUCUAAGACUGAUCUCUUCUAUGAACGUAAAAAGUACGGCUUUAAAAAGAGGUGAUUGGUGGGUAGUCCCUGCCUCCCCCCAUCAGGCUGCUGCAGCUGCAAGCGAAUACACCCCAAACCAGCAGCAGAAAGGAAGGAGAGACCAGAACGUCACCAGACUUGCCUGUUGGUAUACUGGCCCCUUCCUCGCCCUCCCCCAGACACAUAGUAGCAACAGAAAAGGAUUCUUCCUAGUGCACUCUG